AUGACGGUGGAUCAGAAAUUUGAGGCCCUUUUUGCGGUUCCUAUGACCUGCGAAGGCUGCGUCAAGGACGUUUCAGACUCGCUCUACAAAGUCGCUGGCAUUUCCAAGGUCGAGGCAAAUUUGAAGGACCAGCUCGUCAGAGUUGAAGGCACAGCACCACCAUCAGCUGUUGUCGCGACGAUCGAGGCCACUGGUAGGGAUGCAAUCCUGAGAGGGUCGGGGACAUCAGGUAGCUCGGCAGUCAGUAUACUUGAGACAUAUGCCCAGCUCAAGGAGGAGCGAGACCAAGUUCCCGACCACCAGAAGAACAGAGAGGUGAGAGGCCUCGCGCGCAUGGUCGAGGUGUCCAAGACGGUGACGCUCGUGGACCUGACACUGCGCGGCGUCGAGCCUGGUACCUACCGGGCCACCAUCCGCGAUUACGGCAACUUGGCGGACGGUGCAUCCUCAACGGGGCCAGUUUGGAAGGGCGAUCUCACAAGCCAGCCGGAUCAGAAGGACCAAGUGAGAGGAGAACUCGGCAAGGUAGAAAUCGGUCCAGACGGUCGGGGCAGCAUAUUUCUCGACCGGCCAUUCCAGGUGUGGGAGGUUAUUGGGCAUGCCUUUGUCGUGACCCGUCAGGAUGAGGCAGGGGGCAAAGCUUUGCAGAACGACGAGAACACCGUUGUCGGCGUGAUUGCACGGAGCGCUGGGGUGUGGGAUAACGACAAGACUGUGUGCUCCUGCACCGGUAAGACGCUGUGGGAGGAGAGAAAGGAUGAGGUCAAGAACGGCAUGCUGUAA